AUGGCAGCACCUGGCAUAUCGUAUCCAUCUCACCUCUCCGCAUACCCCGCUACGGCACUGAAUGGUAUCAACGGCUCUUCCGCCCUACCAGCGACGAGUCCGCGCCUCUCUUCGGCCAGGCCCACAGCAGCAACAGCCAUCCCCAGCUCGGACAACGAAGAGAUGGCGCCACCCAGAAGCUCGUCCACCACGACCGCCACCCGCGCCCGCGGUCGAGGUCGCGGUCGAGGCAGAGGUCGAGGUCGUGGAGCGAUCGCAUCCACCUCAGCCGUCGUACACAAAGUCGACCACGAACGUGACCCCACCGACGACACACCGCCCAAUCCGCUCACAUUCCAAUGUCGGUCCUGCUUUCGACUUCUCGCCGACUCGCUGGCCUUUGUUGCGACCGAUACGGAGCUCGGCUACGUGAUCCUCUCGGACGUAUCCGAGAUUGUCAAACAGGACGCUUCGUACGAGACAUCCACCGAACCGGGCAAGGACAUUGGGUCGACAUUCGCACGUCUCCGAUGCGCCGGGUGCAACGCUACGGUGGGAAGGAACUACCGUACUACUCCGAAGGAUUUGGACGACUUGAGGGAUUGCUUUUCGCUCGAAGUGGAUGCCAUCUAUACGUAUCAGCUGGGUUCGAACUACACAAGGCAGAUUGAGGAGGAUGACGAGGCCGGUGGAGAUAAGUCUGAAAGAAGAUCCAGACCGACGAAUGCAGUGGUGGAAGAAGACACAAAGACGUUGGUUAACAAGAUGGAGAGGACUCGAGCUUUGACCAUCGAACUCAGCGAUCGGCUCAUCAAAGCAGAGGAAGAGAUCAGGCGGUACAGUGCGCUCGUCGAUCAGCUCGUGAGCAAGCAAGAUCCAGCGCCGGAGGCAGCACCAGCACACCAAUCAACAAGCGCAGAUCCAACCGCAACUUCCCCACUCGACUCAACAGAGCAGCUUCAACCCGCAACCACUACUCAGCAGCAACAUCCUCCCACAGAACCAUCGACACCGAACCCAGAAGACCCCCCAGCCGCAUCAGAGCCGAUCAAACCCGAUUCCGUCUCAUCACAGUCUUCGUCACUGCGCAAAGCGGGCGAGGUGGUUAAAUCGAAGCCUGGACUACCGCUGAGCACGUCUACGCGAAGUACGAGGAGAAGCGGCUUGAGUCCUGCUCGGUUCUUUUAA